GUGGCAGGAUGUCACGUGCGGGCUGAGCUGGAAAAAACUCCAAAGCGGGGAGCGGCAGCCACCUUGGGGACCCCGGUGGAGGCAGAGGCGAUCAUGCCGUACGUCCUCAUCAGUACGCAGAUCCGCAUGGAAGUGGGGCCUACCAUGGUUGGUGAUGAACAUUCUGAUCCAAACUUGAUGCACUAUCUAGGGGCCACUAAAAGAAACAUGCUGGGGAAUCAUUUCUGGGAAUACUAUGUGCAUGAUGCUCCCCGGAUUGUCCUGGACAAGCUGGAGAAGUGUGGCUACCGCGUGAUCAGCAUGACAGGAGUGGGGCAGACACUGGUAUGGUGCCUCCACAAAGAAAGUACAGAGAACUCCAACUUUCUGCCUGCCCAAGAUAUUGCUGUAAAUCGGACGACAUAGGCCUGGUGUUGUUUUUACAAUAUAAUGUUCAUUUUUUGGCAUUCCAAAUGAAGACCAUGUCAAAACCCUACAGUACAAAGCAUAGCCACCACUACAAGAUCAUUAUAGGAAGGGGGUGUCCUACUUAGCUUCAGCAGCUGGGGUUUCUAAGUUCCUAAAUAAAUGAAUCUUGAGCAUUAAUUUGAAUGCCAGUCCAGAACUGCCAGUCUUAAAGUAUUACCGCCAUGUCUUACUGUUGAUAACUGGCAUUAUAUCCACUGGGUAACAGUCCUAAGCCAAACAGAGGUGGGGGAAAAUUCAAACUUAAGAUUUUGAUACUUUGGAAAGAAGAAAAGGUUGCCAUGGAACCAGUUGGCCACUGUUAAGAACUCAAUGCACUGUGCAUUCAAAUAAAGCUGUUCUCAUUCAAAAGUGAGACUAUGAAUGGAGUCCUGAAGGUGAUAUGUUUUUUUUUUCAGUUCUUCCUUGUGUAUACUGCAAACUUACCAUCAUGUAAAUAUCUCAGCAUUCAUUUUGUAAUUGUGUCAGUUGCCCUUUCAUUGCUGGAAUUAUUUGGAACUGUGUGUAGUUGUACUGAUACAUUCCUAAAGUAGCUGACAAAAUAAAAAAUAAGAAAAUGUC